AUGGAAAAGACAGUGAUCUCCAGCAAUCAAAGCAGGCUGGAGUUUCCCAAAUCCACGACAGAAGCCACAGCGACAUUCUCUGUUCUUGCCGACAGCUUCAUAGCUCGUGAUAUCAAGUUUGUCAACACCGCUGGACCAGAGAAGUUCCAAGCCGUUGCGUUCCACUCCAAAUCCAACCAAUCAGCCUUGUUUCGAUGUGCUUUUCACGGCUACCAGGAUACUCUCUACGCCCACGCAGGGGAAAAGCUUUACAGAGAAUGUGACAUAGUAGGGACGGUGGAUUUUAUCUUCGGGAACACCGCUGCAGUGUUUGAGAUGUGCUCCAUCCGUGCAAGAAGACCUCUCAUGCAACAGGUUGUGACGGUUACAGCUCAGGGGGCGGAUAACCAGGAGAAAUCUGGCUUCUCCAUCAUAAGGAGCAAGAUCUUGCGGUUCGAAGACGAAGAGUUCACGGCUGUUGCCUACUUAGGUCGUCCUUGGAAGAGCCACGCCACAGUGGUGGUUAUGGAAACCGAGCUUGGGGUCUUGAUAGACCCUAAAGGGUGGGUUGCAUGGAAGCAGGGCCGUCUCAAACUUUAUACCGGCCCUAUUACCAAAUAUAUAUAUUACUUCGUCGACGAAGGAAACUACCAGAUGUGGGACGAGAAUCUAAAGAAGUACAUUGAUGAUCUCAAGAACCCUAGUCUAAAAGGAAAGCCUUACGUACUCGGCAAGUUAGGUGAAGCAAAAGGAUCAAACAGAUUUGCUAACUUAGCCAUGUUGAAAGAGGAAUUGCCAUCAGGUGAUGUGACCUUCCACUCUCUGUCUCUGCCCCCAUCAGUCCACACCAGCCCACAAUUUGUUUUUAACUCUCCACUGCCCUCAACUAGGUCCUCAUUAUCAGACCCUCUUCUUGAUAGUUCUCAAGUGGUUCUUGAUGAACAUGGUUACAAUGUUGUGGCUAGUUUUGAUAUGGCGCAAAGAGUUCGUGGAGGUCAUUACUUAAAGCCAUCUUAG